UGUGUGUGUGACAGCUCCAAAGAGCCACAAACUUAUAGACAGUUAGGGAUGAGAAGCGUGGAAGGGGGGCCACAAGGCUCAGGGGCCAGGGAUCCCAAGGAGAAGAUCGGGAAGAGAAGCCUAAGAUAGAAGACACCGCCUGAGGAAUACAAGGAAGGGGCGAUCAGGACUGGAGAAUGAACUGCGGGCACCGCUGAUCCCUACCCUGCUGUCCGCGGAGGAGGAAGAGGCGACACAUCCCUGCGAGGUCUCCUCCAGCCAGAAAACUUCUCCCCCCUGCAAAAGAAAGAUGAACCUUGGAGACAUUGCGUUACACCUCAAUGAAAUUAGGAAGCAGGGAAGAGAGCGGUAAAGGGUGACGGGCAGACGCCGGACAGAGCAGCACCAUGGCACCCUGGCACCUUCCUGGCAUCUUCUUCACCAUCCUGCUGGGACUGCUGCUCUCCAUGCAGAGAUCACUGACCAAUGAGAUUCUGGGUCUGAAGAUACCGCCGGAGCCGGUGCUGAACGCCAACACGGUGUGCCUGACGUUACCGGGCUUGACUCGUCGCCAGAUGGAUGUCUGUAUGCGGCAUCCAGAUGUGGCGGCGUCGGCCAUACAGGGAAUACAGAUCGCCAUCCACGAGUGCCAGCACCAGUUCCUGGAUCACCGAUGGAAUUGUUCCAGCCUGGAGACCAAGAACAAAAUUCCGUAUGAGAGCGCCGUGUUCAGCCGAGGCUUCAGGGAAAGCGCCUAUGCCUACGCCAUCGCCGCUGCCGGAGUGGUGCAUGCCGUCUCCAACGCUUGCGCCAUGGGUAAACUGAAGUCAUGCAGCUGUGAUGAGAAGAGGAGAGGGGAUGAGGAAGCCUUCAGAGCUAAACUUCACAGACUUCAGAUGGAAGCCAUGAACCGGGGGAAGGGCAUGGUGCAUGGGGUGAUGGAGCACAUGCCAGCCGAGGCUCCGGGGCCCCAGGACUCUUGGGAGUGGGGAGGCUGCAGCCCAGACGUGGAGUAUGGAGAACGCUUCUCCAGGGACUUCUUGGAUUCCCGGGAGCUGUUCAGGGACAUUCACGCUCGGAUGAGGCUGCACAACAACAGGGUGGGCCGACAGGUUGUGAUGGAUAACAUGAAGAGGAAGUGUAAAUGUCACGGCACGUCUGGCAGCUGCCAGCUGAAGACCUGCUGGCAGGUGACUCCCGAAUUUCGGUUGAUCGGCUCCCUCUUGAAGGACAGGUUCGCAGUGGCCACCAUGAUCCGUCCCCAUAACCGUAAUAACGGGCAGCUGGGUCAGCUGGACCAGACUCACGGUCCGUACAGGAGGCGAGCCGGGAUCACGGACUUGGUCUACUUUGAGAAGUCACCGGAUUUUUGCGAGCAGGAGUUACAUUUGGACUCAGCGGGGACUCAGGGGCGGAUAUGUAACAAAACCAGCCCGGGAAUGGACAACUGCGAGAGCCUGUGCUGCGGCCGCGGCCACAAUAUCCUGAGACAGACGCGCAGCGAGAGGUGCAACUGCAAAUUCCACUGGUGCUGCUACGUGGUGUGCGAGGAGUGUCAGAUCACAGAGUGGGUGAGCGUGUGCAAGUAGAGAGCAGAAAACACACCGCCACUGCGUGCCAGGGGCCGCCAGAGGAGAGAGCGGCAAGUGUGCCGCCAAACAGAGCCGCAGCCCACACUGACCCAGCCAUGAGACACGGAUCUGAGAUAUGGCUGGAGCGUCCACAAUGGGAUUUACUGUAAUACAUGUAUGUGAAUCAUACCGUCAACGUAUGUAGCCUCUUAAAGUGACCUCACACCUUCUACUGCAGACACGAAUGUGCAACGUGCAAGGGUUCAUCUCUCCAAUAGCUUUAGGCUCAGGCACAUGGCAGAGCUGUGUGAAUGGAGCCUGUAUGGCGACACACGUUUGUAGUAGGUACCACUAUAUGGCACCAUUGUACAGCACAAGAUUGUGUCCCCUGGAAGCCACGCUAUGACCACCACUGGAUUGAUAUGGGUAAUAUUAAAGGCACACAGGG